GACCCUGGAUCAUCGCCUUCAUUCUAUAACCUUCUGGUGAGCCUUGGCAAAGCUCACCAUGCUGUACUGGCUCUGCCAGAUCUGGAUGCUGAGCUAGUAUAUCCCCCUGACACUAUGAUUUAUAUUUUAGGAAAGGUGCUGGAGCACAGAGUGCCAUAG